AUGUCAAAAAUUGCAGAUAAUUCAUUACUAAAUGGAUUAGGUGGUUGUUUAAUAGGUGCUUUUUUUCCUAGAAGAAAUACUAACACAAAAAUCAACAUUACAACUAAGUCCAGUGACACCAAUUUUGUCAAGAAUUCAAGAAGAUGUCACACCAGCUCUUGUCCGAAAAAUUCGACUUCUAGUAAGAACAGAGUGUCACAAGUUGUGAACUUGGCAUACACACAAAAGCUUAGAAGAGAACCAACAUUCACCUCAAGUGAAUUGAGCAUGACAAUCUUUAGUCAUCGAAAAUCCAAGGUGAAUGGAACAUUGAAUCGCAGUUCAACAAGCAAUGUUACACUACUAAGCCACUUGGGAAACUUGAAGAACCAAAAUUCCUCAAGUGACAAAAAGGCUAUCCAGAAGAAAGGCAAAAUCUUGAAGGAUAACAUAGUAAGGCAAACUAGUUCUGUAAAAAGCCAUCAACCAGGUAGUUCGUUUCGCGGUUCUGCAAAAAAACGGGACCCUGAUGUGCUCAAGUCCAUAGGCAAUGAGCAGUAUAGACAGGGGAAAAUUGAGAAGGCAUUGGAUCUGUACAAUCAAGCAAUUGCAAUUGAUCCAGGAAAUGCUAGUUACUAUAGCAACAAGGCUGCAGCUUUGAUGAGUUUAGGCCGCGUGAUUGAGGCAGUUGUUGCAUGUAUAGAGGCUAUCCAGCUAGACCCUUCUUAUCACAAUGCACAUUAUCGUCUUGCAAGACUAUACGUUAGGCUGGGAGAUGCAGAGAAAGCGAUAGAUCAUUACAAACAAUCAGGGCGAAAAGUUGACAAGAAGGACAUUGCAGAGGCUCAUGAUAUUAAGAGACAGCUCUUAAAAUGCACAGAAGCACAGAAGCUGAGAGAUUACAAUACAUUGAUAAAGGAAACACAAAAUUCUAUCACCUUAGGAGUAGAUUCAGCUCCACAGGUUUCACUACAACUAAGCCUCAUUCUUUAG